GGAGGGGCAUCGCUUUCAUUUGCUUUUCCAGACAUCCAUGGUUUCCAGCUCUUUCAUUUGCUUUUCCAGACAUCCAUGGUUUCCAGCUCUUUCAUUUGCUUUUCCAGACAUCCAUGGUUUCCAGCUCUUUCAUUUGCUUUUCCAGGCUCUCACUCUGCUUUAUUCCACUUUGCUGUGCUGUUGUUGUGGUGAACUUUUCUAAGGGCAGGACACAGUGAGGAAAGUCAGGGAUGAAGACAAGCAGAAUCGAGGCCGGGGUGUCAGAAUACAAAGAGAAGAGAUGAAAGACAGUGUGGCUUGUACUGUCACUCAUCAGAGCAACAGAAUGGAUUCUUCAUGCGUUUUCUUAGCAUACUUUGCAUCUUGAGGCAACACACUUUUUAAUCACAAAUUUCCAGUUUGGAAGAGGCCUCACUGAAACUAAACCAGGCUGGAUUAACUGCAUGGCUUCCCUGUCGUGGCGGAACCCGGAUCCUGCGAGGGUCAGGAGGUUGGCAUCCCAGUCCAGGAGGGACAGUCUGUCCUCCCCCAGUUUGGAGGAACCCUUCUUCCCAUUCCCGUCUCAGAGAAGAGAGUCUAUGGGGAGCCCCCUGCCCCCCCCACUGGAACACACCAGCUCCGAGCUACUGGAGAGGGACCUCAUACUGGCAGCAGAACUGGGACAAGCCUUACUGGAGAGGAACGAGGAACUGGGAGCCAAGCUGGAAGAGAGGGACAGAGAGAUAGAGCUGCUGAAGCAGCAGUGCUAUGAGAUGAAGCUGAAGCAGGACUCUGUGGAUCUGGAGUGGUCUCAGCACAGGGCGGACCUGGAGUCGGACCUGGGGCUGGCAAGGGCCCAGCUGGAGCAGUGGCAGAACCAGGACCGGGAGAGGCGGAGAGUGGAGGGGGAGGAGCUGAAAGAGCUGUCCAAUCACAACCAGAGGCUGGUGGAGCAGCUUUCUGAGGCAGUCAGGGUGCAGCACGAGUUGAUGUCAGAGCUGCGAACACUGAGGGAGGAGUUUGAAGAGAGAGACAUGAAGAAUUCAAUCCGGACGGCCAGAAUAGAAGGGCUGCAGGCGGAGAAUGUUCUGCUGCUGCAGAGAAAGUCAGAAGCAGAAAAGCAAAUGAAAUCGCUUCAGGAAGAGAAUGAGAGGCUGCGGAGCGCCUCUGAGGCUCUGCGGGAGAAAGUGCUGGAGCAGCAGGAGAGGGAGGAGGAGAAAGAGAGAGAGCUCUUACAGGGCAGGGCUGACUUGUUUGAGCAGCGGAGCCUGAACCAUUCCCUGCAGACUCGAAUUCGAGACCGGGGGGAAGAGGUCAGCUUCACAGAACCCGGGUCCUUCACACCCUCCAUCCAAUCAGAGCUGGAGCAAGCACAGAGAGCUGCCGUUUCUCAGGAGAUCUGGACGCAGAAAGUUGAGGAAACUCAGAGACUGGAAAAUGAGCUGCAGUGCCAGGGAGCUGAACUGGAAUCUUUAAGAGCAGAAGUGCAGCGUCUGAAACAGCAAGCUGAUCAAACUGACAAGAGCUCUCUGGAAGCUGAACUGGAUCGCGUCAGAUCGGAGCGAGACUCCCUCAACCUGCAGCUGUUUAACACCAUCCAACACAAGGUGGCGCUAGCACAGGAAGUGGAGGACUGGCAGGAGGACAUGCGGGUGGUGAUCAGACAGCAGGUCCGGGUGCAGAGCGAGGAGGAGAGAGAGAUGGAACGCAAGGCUUCAGUGAAGAGAAAGGACCGCUCCCAAUUCAACAGGAGAUCAUUCAGAGGGAGCGGAGAGGGGAGUGAAGGAGGGAGCAAGGAGGGAUUCUUCUCAUCCCUCUUCAAACAGAACUGAGAGACAGAGAGGGAGGGAGAGGAGGAGGGAGAGACAGAGAGGGAGGGGGACGUUUUUGUUUUUUCUUUUUUAAUUUCUGUUCAUGUAGGGUGAAUUGACCAAGCCAGUGUGAGCUGCAAUCACGAUGCACAACACUGCAGCGCACCACACAUUUACAAACAUGUGCCGGGCAGCUGGAGUCAAGGGUGGAGCAGCAUGGAGAAGCUACAGCACACAGCGAGGUCAAGAGAUCAGGAAACGCACUUCAUUCAAAUGCUGCUCACCACGGACUACAUUUAUGAAUUCCAGUACUAUAUAAAUAAAAGGGUCAUUUAUUUGAAAAGGAAUUGAAAAAAAGCAAUAAAUGCAACGCAGCUGUUUUAUACACAGUAUUUGUGGUUUAAUUUGAAAUGACCUUGAUGUUGCAUUACAGCUUUAACUAUACAUGAAAUAAACAGACACAUAAAUAAGAGAAGAGAAAACAGCAGGAGAGAGAAUCAAACAUGGAAACAAUGCUAGAGUCCUGCCUUCGGAAAGCAGCGGCCGAUGAAAUCAUGUGAAGAAAGCCCUUGUGUUUCUGUCGCUUCACGUGUGAAACGUGACGAGGGUGUGAGUGCAUCACCGACACAUCGUUUUCUUUUCAACACUCAUCCGUACUGUCACAGUGUACAUGUUUGGUUUCUUUAUUGAAGAAAGUUGUCUUUUUCUGUAAUAAAGUGUGUGUUUGUCAAA